UUCAACACUACUAUAUAACAAAUAAUUUGAGGAAAUGGCUGAAGCAGUACUCUAACUCUAACCUAAAGAAGAAGACAUCCUCCAGAAAACAUGCCCAACUUCCCAAAGAUAGGUCCGGAUAAUGACAAUGGCGAGGCCUCAGAACCUCCACCCACUGUUCCCAAAUCACUGCGAGCAGCGCAACCACCCACCCCGCAAGACCAGGGGAGGCACCUGCAGAGACUGGGUCACAGUGACGGGGUAAAAGCAAGCUACAGGAGGGAGAAAUGGAGGAGCAGGUCCAUGUCCAUAUCCUCCAAUGGUAAUGAUGUGUCAUCAUCUGGAUCAGUAUCCUCUCGCUCGAGCUUCAGUUCAGAGAGCGGGUCUAGUGACGAGGAGGAGGACGCUAAGUUCGACCCCAGAGAGCGGGAGCAGAAGAAUUCAGCAGGUCAGUCUGAUUUCUGUGUGAGGAACAUAAAACUAGCAACUUUCGGGAGACGUGAGAUUGAGAUAGCACAGGAGAGCGGGUUGAAUAUUUACGCCUGGAAGAACAUGACGGAGAAAGGUUUCUGGUGGUGUAUAGACCAGUGUGUAGCAGCAGACUUCCCUUCUGAGACGGCUACUGUUGAAGGAGAAGGAGUUAACAAGAACGUGUGGGCUAACAUGAUCCUAGAUGACGGAGGAGAUCUGACACAUCACCUUUACAAAAACUACCCUGACAAGUUCAAUAACAUAUCUGGCAUAGUUGAGGAGAACAUAGCAGGUAUACACAGGUUGUAUCAGAUGUCACGGCAAGGGAAACUCCCUGCUCCAGUUAUGAAUGUUAACGACAGUGUGACUAAAACUAAGUUUGAUAACUUCUACGCAAGUAGAGAAAGUGUCACUGACGCCAUUAAACGGUCCACGGAUUGUAUGAUAGGCGGUAAGCUGGUUGUUAUUUUGGGGUAUGGUGAGGUUGGCAAAGGGUGCGCUGCUGCUUUUCAGGGCAUUGGUUGUAAUGUUAUGGUAACGGAGGUGGAUCCUAUCUGUGCUAUACAAGCCGCUAUGCAGGGGUUCAGGAUAGUACGGCUAGAAGACGUGGUACAUCAUGCUGACAUAGUGGUCACGUGCACCGGCAACAAGAACGUGGUUACUAGAGAUCACAUGAAUAAACUGAAAAAAGGGUGUAUUCUCGCCAAUAUGGGACAUAGUUCAGUUGAGAUAGAUGUCUCUAGUUUAGCUACCAACGAACUCAGAUGGGAGAGAAUCAGAUCUCAGGUACACCACAUACAUUGGCCGGACGGAAAAUACAUCGUGUUGUUAGCCAAAGGCGGACUAGCCAAUCACAACUGCUCCAGUAUACCUAGUUUCGUUAUUAGCGUCACUGCAACUACACAAGCACUCGCUCUUAUUGAACUCUACAAGGCUCCUCCUACAAGGUAUAAGGCGGAUGUGUAUCUACUGCCCAAGAAAAUGGAUGAGUAUGUUGCACAACUUCACUUGACCGUGUUUAACGCUCACAUUACCGAAUUAACUCGGGAGCAGGCGGCAUUCCUUAACAUAAACCGAACCGGGCCUUUCAAGAGUCAACAUUACAAGUACUAAAUAAUUAGUUAAUAAACUAAUCGACUAAUUGAUUCAUAAAC